GUUAUAUCACAUUAUACAACGCUAACUGCAGCUUGAAAAUUCCACUCAACUAUGUAUUAAUUGUGUAAUUUUUAUUUAACUAUGUACUUUGUAUUUUUGUACUCAACUAUGUAGUCUCGUUUAUGGUAAAUGCUUUUCCAUUUAAAAAUGAAGAUAAAAGCCGUAUUUUCCACGCGAAGGCAACUUUUACUUUGUGUAGCGCGGCGCCAUGUUUGUUUUGUUUUGUUUUGUUUUGAAGCAAUCUUUAAACUGAUUGGUUGAUUUAAUCAUCACAAUGUUUUUCCACCAAUCAGAUCAGUUUGUUACAGAGUUUUGCACUGUGAUUACAGAAAAUUGCACUGUGAUUACAAAAAAUUGCACUGUGAUUACAAAAAAUUGCACUGUGAUUACAAAAAAUUGCACUGUGAUUACAGAAAAUUGCACUGCUGUUUGGGAUUUACUGCACUGAAAUCAACCAAUCACAGUCGAGUAAUAUCUUUAUGUAUAUAUUAAGCCCGUUAUUCAGAUUACAUACAAAGCAACCACAGUUCUGUACAAGCGCGUAUAGCUUACCGAAAGGCUUUAUACCCAUGCAUGUAGUCGGCGCAUUAUUCUAAGAGCGCAGUAGCAUCGUUAAAUUCCACUUUUAUGAUUAAUAUACAGCAUUUUAUUUUGCAGUAUUUCUCCCAAAAGAAUAUUGAAUAUGAUCCUGCUUAUGUUUUUCGGGAUUGCCAGGUGCAGUAUUUUGUAAUAAUUAAUAAGUGAUAAUGUCUGCACUUGACGUAUAGGCGUCGGAUGUUUAGUUUGAUUUAGGGGGAAUUUCCAGGGACACUGGGUAAGAGACUGAAAAGUCAUGUUCAUGCAAUUAUCCCCCAAACCACCUUUGUAAUUAAUCUAUUCUUAUUGGUUAUGUUUAGGAAACUGUGAGAAAGGUCCAUAGAUCUGGACAGAUUGGUUCUAGUGUUGAAAAAGAUAUCGGUAUGAAUACAUGAAUCUAUAUAUGCAUAAGGUCUUAUAAAAGUUAAAAGGCGGCAUAAUUCAGUUUUUUACGUAUGAACACGAACAAGUUUUUUACGCAUGAACAUGAACAAGAUUUUUACGCAUGAACACGAGCGUGUAACCUGUUUAUUUGCCUUAAAACUAUGUUGCACAACAAAGUAGAAAUUUAUAAAUGAGAUACUUAAUAAUUACCUCUAGAAUUCAACAAUAGUUAUCAGAAAAAUAAGACUUUGUGAAACAUAAUUAUAAAGAUACAGUAUCUUCUUCUAACUUUUCCACUAUUUUGUGUGGUAAACAAACACAUAGUCUGCAUCAAUUAAUAAUUAGUGGUCAAAGUUUCCAAAAUUUACUUUAACAGUGAUCCAAAUGAUUGCAUGGUUUUCUUAACUUGCAAUACUAUAAAUUUAGGAAGGCCUUUUCCUGGCGAAAUCAGGUACGGUAGUUGUGCCCUCUGCUGACCAUAGUGCGCACCAAAUUUUGCAAUUUAACUGAACGUAGCAGUUCCGCCUGACCGCAAACCUGAACUGUAGUAUAUUAGGCCCCCAUGUACACUUGCGAUUUUGCUGCGAGUUUAGGUGCCUUUAUCUGCAUCUGAAGGAUGUAAACGACUAAACGAGUGGAUGAGCUACGAAUGUUCAGAAGAGAGUACAUAUAGACCCAUUACACAUGACGUCACAGCGCCAGUGACGAUGCAUCUGGAGGACAAAUUAGCAAUCUGUGCAUAAUAUAACUUUUGUAAACAAAGCAAAUUUUGUAAAACUUUAUAAUAAUUUUGUAUUAAAAUGGUUAGUUUUUGCGCUAUAUGCGGUUGUGGUACCCGAACAAAUAUUGUUAUGGAGCAUCUGGAGGAAACUCUAAGGAUUUGUGACCCGUGGUGCAAUGGGUCUAUACUCAAAAACUAAUCUACUGUAUUCACUCAGUCACAUAACUGAUCUAUUCGCCUGCGUGCAUCAGAAGAAGAAAAUUGAACUAGAAAUUAUAAUUACAGCAAAACGGGCCAGUCUGUGAAAAAAUCAAUUUUGACAAUUCUAUUGGGUUAUACUUGUUUCUGGAAAUACUUCCAACAAAGAUAUAGCACCACAAAAAUACUGCUGAAUAUUUUGUUGUACUAUAAAUAAUUCAUAUACUGGGUUGUAAAUGACAUUAUUGAUGAUUACAUGCAGGAGCGAUAUAUCUUGUUGGAAAUGUCUCUUGGUCUUUGAUCUGCAGGAAAUCUUGCCUUCUGCAUUCACGUUUGUCUGGCGUGGCUGUGUUGAAAGUUUUGAUUUCUAGUCCGAGUGUUCAGGUUUGCGCGCAGUUUGUUAUGAUCAGCGAGGUUUCUGUCAUAUGAUGUAACCUUUAACGUUGCUGCUGAAUUAUGUUAUAUGCAAAUCGUAUCCAAUCAUGCGAUAUGUAACCACUUUUGAUGAGUUACUUUUAUCGAGAUACUCAAUCAUUCAUGUUCUUAUCUUGUUCACGUAAUUUAAAAUCAGUAAUCAUUUUAAACAUUUGAUUUUUCAGGUCGUUAUCUUCAUCCUAACCCGGAAUUACGAGAAUUCUUACAAAGCUUAAUUGAAUGUGGGAAACAAACAUUCCUCAUAACAAACAGUGAUUUCAAUUUUGUGUAAGUUCUUUAUAGAUCUCCGUUGCCUCGCUACUCUACCAUUCGCUGAUGCGCAAUAUGUCAACAAAAAUUUACAAAUGAUAGAAUCUUCGUGGGGUAGCCGAAAGAUAAAUUACUGAUAGGAAUGACUUCGCAUAUAAUAUCUAAUUUAUUGUUUUAUGAUGUUUAAUUAAUCUGCUAGAAAAUUAGAAAUUAUUUUACAAAUAUCUGUGUAUGUAAAAGGAUCAUCGCUUCUGGCACAAUAAAGACUGUCAGUCCAACCGAUUACAAUUUUAUGUAUAAAUGGAUUUUCGCAUCGGCAAUCUUAGAACUGCAUGCAGUACAGGGACUUCAUUAAUCAUUAAUGGCCGAGUGUUAAGUGUCACUAGAGGAAAGGGGAGUGCCUUACAUGUACUCUCUGUAAUCCUCCCGUGUUUUAUAGAUUUAAUAGGAACACUCUUCUCACAAGCAAUGCCCUUUGUGCAUGCCUGCGAAAGAUAGUAGUGUAAGAAUUUUACAUACUGUAUUAUUCCGAUAAAUAUGCAAAACCCACUGUACCAUUAUAUUGGUUUAGGUAAGCGAAAUUCGCCAUUUCCCUUUGUGUUGGAUAGGAAUAAGGGUAUGCGUCAUAUGUUAGGAGAGACAUGGAUGGAAUUAUUUGAUGUUGUUGUCACAAGUGCUAGGAAGCCAUCUUUUUAUCAACGAACUGACAGG